GAAUUUGAAAUCAAUGCAAUUUUUAUUUCUGCUUUAUGUUUCAAACUACUUGGGUUCCUUUUCAGAUUUCUCACAAGAAAUGUAAAAGACAACGAACCAGAAUUAGUUUUUAUUGGAAACAGCACACCUUCAAAGUCUUAUCUCAACUGAAAAGUGAACAAGUUCUAGAUAAGCUAUACAAGUCAGUCGUUGUGUGUGUUCGACAGCAAAGUUUUUCAACCGCACUUAAAACGUGUAGAGCUUUAAUGGCAGGAGGUCUAGACCGUUUGGAAAUAACUUUAACAACACCCGAUGCAUUUGAGUUGAUUCACACGCUGUCCAAUGAAUAUCCUCAAGCAACCAUUGGUGCGGGAACCGUUUUGAAACCAAGUCAAGUGAAACUUGCUGCAAAGUCAGGAGCUUUGUUCAUAAUGAGUCCCGUACUUGUUCACGACGUAAUAGAAGAGGCCAAACGUCACGAUCUACUUGCUAUUCCAGGUGGAACAACACCUUCCGAAAUAUACAAUUGUUUUUCAGCCGGUGCUUCUCUUGUAAAACUAUUUCCUGUAGAGUCAUUCGGUGGUCUCUCCUUGGUGAAGACAGUUGCUGGACCGUUUCCGGAUAUUCCCUUACUUCCCACUAGUGGCAUCACUUUAAAUGCUCUCCCAGAGUAAGUAAGGAAGGGAAACUUUGUAAACACCCUUCUUACCACCAGCUCAUUAUGGGCCCAAGACUAAAAGUCCGCUUUGUAUAGGUACUUGGCAGAGAAAAGUGUCUGGGCCGUUGGAGUCUCGAAACAGAUAGUUGAUAGCAACGCUCUUGCAAACGAAAACUGGAAGCUAAUUGAAGAUAAUGCGUACCGUUGGAAAAUGGCUAUUCAAAAGUUUAUUAGCGUCCAAAGAUACUCGAGUUACAAAUGAUUAUUUCCAUUUAUGGGACUUUGAUAAUGAAGUUGUCCUUACAUAUUAGUUGAAAGGAUUCUCAACGUACAUGGGACCCUUUAUUUACCAAGCUAGUUACCCUUGUCAUGUUUGUAUCGAAAAUAGACUCAAUUUCUCUUAUGAAAGUCUUUUUUUAAGAAAACUUGCAAUGGUUGAAUACAUACAACUUCAAAAAGAUUCAAGUAUUGCUAAAGAGUUGAAACCAUCUAAUAACGUGAUUAAAGUUUCUCCACAAUUG